AUGUCUUAUCCUGCAUCUGAGCCUUCAUCACCCAAGACGCAAGAUGUUUCCAUCUCGGAGACGCAAGUAGAUCCUAGUUUCGAGCUCUUGGACUCUUUGGAUGGAGAAAUCUUGCCAUUUCCCGGGCGAUGCACUCCCUCACCCGACGCAGACAUAGGUCAAAGUCUGAAUAGCCUGUUCGCCAAUGACGACGAUGUGCCCGAUCUGGACCCAGCAGACCAAACCUGCGACAGUACAAACAUUGAAGCCGAAAAGCCAACCGCAGGACCCUUUCCAUCUGAUGUAGACGCUCUUCUAAAAGAGAUACCCUUCACCGACCAGACCUUCCUCGAGCUGGACAACUCCUCCAUCACCAAUAGAGACUGGUACAGCAUCCUGGAAACCGAGGCCGAAAGCUGGUGGAGCGACGGGAUCCUCGACGUCGCCCUGGAGCUCCUCGCCCGCAAGAUGCAGUGCGAUCGCCAGGGCAUCGCCAUCGCACCGUCGACAAUCUGCUCCAUGAUCGCUAGUAUCAACCGCUGGGAAGCCGACGUCGACGAAGAAGAAGAAGAAGACCUGGGCGUCACCUACCGCGCGGAAAAAGAGCGCUUCGAAAAUCACAACUGGAUCUUCCUACCCGUCAACGACGGCAUGUUCAGCAUGACCGGCCGCGGGUGUCACUGGUCGCUCGUGGUGGUGGACCGCGCACGCCGUGUCGCGACGUACUUCGACUCGCUGUUCCUCGACAGCCCGAAGUGGCACGACUACGGCGAGCGUCUCGUGAAGGGUCUAGGCAGGCUCCUCGGCGAGACGUAUGCGUUCAAAGUCGACGCAAACAGUCCGCAGCAAGACGAAGACAACAAAACGGACCUGGAUCACGGCCCCUGUGGCCCAUUCGUGUACGAGUUGACGCUGAGGUUGGUCACGGGCGUGUGUUGGUAUCAAGAGGAGGGAAAGGGCGAGAUAUGUACGAUGGAGUUGCCAGACGAGUUUGGGAAGUCGGCGGAGUGGGGGGUGGAUACUUUGAGUACGAGGUAUGAUGUUUGGAACUAUAUGUAUCAGGCUAGGAGCGACAUCAUCGCUGCUAGAGAGGCGGAUACACCCGCUGAGACGAGUGCUCCGGCUUGA